AUGAAAAAGAGGGUUAGAGCACUUAGAUGUUUGCUAGGCAUAAGAGGAGGCUUCACCGAAUUUAUUUCUUACAUUCCAAAGAGAAUACUGAAGGUAAGGAGAAACCACAGCACUGUCCCUGAGUUCACCCUCCUUGGGCUGCCUGUGGACACCCAGACUGACGCCCUGCUCUUUGUGCUGUUCCUGGUGAUUUACCUCCUGACCACGGUGGGGAACCUGACGCUGCUGGUGGUGGUCAGUACUGAUUCCCGCCUCCACACACCCAUGUACUUCUUCCUGGGACAACUGUCUUUCUUGGAUCUUUGCCACUCCUCUGUCACUGUGCCUAAGCUGUUGGAGAAGCUGCUGUCUGAGAGGAAAACUAUCUCAGUGGAGGGCUGCCGCGCGCAGGUCUCCUUCGUGUUUGCCACAGGGGGCACCGAAUCCUGCUUACUUACUGUGAUGGCCUACCACCACUAUGCUGCCGUCAGCUCUCCUCUGCUCUGUGGCCAGGUGGUGAACAGACAGCUGUGUGUAGGGCUGGUGCCAGGUGCCUGGGGCUUGGCUUUUAUGGAUGCUUUCAUCAACAUCCCUGUAGCUCUCAAUUUACACUUCUGUGAUGCCCAAAACAUCCUCCACUUCAUCUGUGAGCUGCCCUCUCUCUAUCCUUUGUCUUGCUCAGAUGUAUCUGCAAGUUUUACCACCCUGCUCUGCUCUAGUCUCCUGCAUUUCGUUGGAAAUUUUCUUCUGAUGUUUUCCUAUGUUCGCAUUGUACUCACCAUCUUGAGCAUCAGCUCUGCCUCGGGAAGAGGCAAAGCCUUCUCCACCUGCUCCUCCCACCUCACUGUGGUGCUCUUUUUUUACGGCUCAAGAUUACUCCGUUAUCUCAUGCCAAAUUCAGGAUCCAUUCAAGAGAUGAUCUUCUCCUUGCCGUACAGUGUGGUCACUCCCAUGCUGAAUCCCCUCAUCUACAGCCUGAAGAACAAGGAGGUGAAGGCAGCUGUGGGAAGAUUGUGGAGAAAAUAUUCUUCACUUUUCAAAUAA